AUGCGUGGCAAACGAGAAAAGCUCUUCCGCGAUUUCAUUCAUUGGGUCGUCAAUCUGGAGGACAGGAAAAUUCUGAAGCAUUGGUGGCGGCACGGAGCUUCCUUUGCAACCGACAAGGAGCUUCCCCACCAAAAUAUCUCCAGGGUGAUGGAUAUUCUGCAAGAGCUCAAUGCCGUGCUGGAGGAGCUCAAGAUAUUACAAUCUGUGACCCGGGAUCAGAUGCUCGUCGAUCGACUAUGGAGAGAGAACGCGACGGUCAAGAAGAACCAACUUAUCACGCCAGCAGAACAGGAAGCUAGUAUUGAACGCAUGAUUGAAGAUGUUAACACUGCCCACAGUCCGAUUAAUGGGCCGAUGGAGCAGAAGCAGAAGGAAGCGACAAUUAUAGAUUCCCAGGCUACCUGCAGCCAGGGUGAUAGCAUCAUGGUCUUCACCACCGUCACCAUCUUCCUACCGGCCUCCUUCUUAACGAGCUUCUUCGCAUUGAAUAUCUCCAAGUUUCCUCAUGAAGAUGGUAAUUUCGCCUACCCCGCUAGAUAG